CACAAAAGAGUUUAUAGGUUAGAGAUUAGAAAAUGGUAAAUACUUUAAAAUUUGUCUCUCAAUCAUUACUAGCUGAAGUUUGUAUAUUUUAAUCGUUACGGAAUACGUAAUUUUAAUAUUGAAUGAUGCAAAAUCCGAGCCUUCUUAUAAAUAAUGAGCUUGAACAGCUUUACAAUGAAAAAGAACACGACAGUUCCUCUAACACUUUCUGUCAGGGUCUGAGUUCAGGAAUAAUUAAUAGCCAGUGGACAAUCUUGGAUAUUGUUGAGUCUUUAAAGGACUUUUUGACCAGCACAGAACUAAACAGACAUAACUACGGCUUACACAUACUGGCAAACGUUAUUGAAUCCCUUCAACCAGAGUUUUUACUCGAGAAGGAAAUUGAGUUUAUCGCAGGUUUCUUUUGCGGACAAAUAAAGCAACACCACUCCUUUGUAACUGCUUCUUUGAAAGGUCUUGCAGCAGUGGUGAAGAACCCACAUCUGUCAAGAAACUCACUCCAUGACGUCACAAGCACAUUAUUCAACAAUAUUGUUUGGCAAACCCAAUCUUUAAAUGACCGAACAAUAUUUUAUUUAAUUCUUCAAUACAUUGUUUUCAACCGUCUUGAAGAUUACAACACCACGAGUUCUGAGCUUCUUUUCCAACAUAAUUUCAUCCGUUGAUGGAGAAAGGGAUCCCAGAAAUCUUCUUCUACUCUUCUCCUUCCUUCCCAAAUUGUACACUUCUGUUCCACUGGGAUCGUUAAUUGAAGAUGCUUUUGAGGUUGUCUCCUGCUACUUCCCCCAUUGAUUUUCAUUCACAAACCUCAGAUCCAGGGUCUGUGACCAGAGAAGACCUGGUAUCUGCCCUAUACCCUUGUCUGCUGGCUCACCCUGACUUUGCACCUCUCUGUCUAUCUCUCAUACAAGAGAAGCUUGAAUCUUCCCUGAAGUCUGCCAAAGUUGACUCUUAUAAUUUAUUGGUGGAAGCGGCUGAAGUGUGGCCAGGUCAUGUGAUCGCUCCUCACCUCGGAGCACUGUGGCAGACUGUCAGAGCUGACUUGUUACCUCCCCGGGACCUACAGACGGCUGAGGUUGCUCUUAAAGCUCUUCAGGCCAUCAUCAGGACUAGUAAUGAACCUUACCUAUCACCAGUGGUCACCUCUGUAAUGUCUUGUUGUGAGGUUUUCUUGUCUGACGUUCAAAUGAGUAUGUUCGAACCAUCAUUCCGACUGCUGCUGUCAAUCAUGCAGUCUAACACCAUUGCUUGUUUGAGUCUUUCAAAAAAGCUGCUCCCAAAACUGAUUUCUUUACUCAAGGUGACAGACAAAAAUAUGUGUGAUGUCAUAUUAGACAAAAUUACAUCCUUUGUGGAGGUUUGUCUUCAGAUGAAUCCUACUUUUGAAUUUAGCCCAGACACGUGGAAAGAGGUGGUUGCGUGUACAGACACGUCAAUGCAAGCUUAUUACACUCUUGUCCCAGGAGUUGCUCAAAUAGACUUUGACUGUCGGUUGAGGCUGUAUCAAAACAUAAUGUUGCAUCUCACCUCUUCACCUACUCUAGGAUCUGCCUGUAUAAAGUGUCUACAAGCAAUGGCAAUGAUCCAUGCGGAUGAAGUUGAGGAACAUGUUUUAAAGAAAAUCUCCUUUGAUGAUAAAGGAAAAAACGUAAAUCAAGCUAAGAAGGAGUUUGAAAUAGUUUGCUCUCUGGCAGUGGUAAACACAUUUCAUUCAACACUUGAUCAAUUGUUCAAUAACUUUGUUACUCAUGGAGAACCGUAUCUUUCUCUAGCUAUAUCAUGCCUUAGGAAUUUACUAGAAAUAGACAUUGAAAAAAAUAAUAAAAAACUGUUUAAGUUUUUAUUUUCUCACUCAUGUGUCAUCUCCAAAUUGAUUAAUCUGCAAGUAGAAGAAGAAAACCUACUCAACUCAGCAGCUGUGGUAAGGACCCUCGUUGCUUCACAAGAACCAAGUGACCAAGCAAGGUGUGUUCCUUCUUACACCAAAGUGGUAUUGCAGCACAAGAAACAACUUAACCGAGUGGUGUUUCUUGAAGCUCUCCUUGGUCCAUUAUGGCCUCAAGUUACCAUCCUGACGCCAGAAGAAAUUAUGACUUAUAUUGUACCAGUAGCCAUGAACUGCUUUGAGAGUGAGCUUUCCCGCACUUAUGCUCUGCAAUUGCUGGCUUCUAUUAUAAACAAAUCUGCUGACAAUGUCAUUUUAGACCGAGUUUCUCAGAUCAUAGCCAGUUAUGAAGCAGAGAAAGAAUCUACAGUAUGUGCUUGCAGUUACAUCACAAAAGCAUUAGUCAUUCGCAACCAUCCAGUCAUGCGUCUCUGGAUUGAUAAGUUACUGGAUCUGCUCAAUAGUGAAGUGGAGGAGGUGGCCCAGGCAGCAGCUGAAGGUUUUCUCCUGAUCUUACAAGACUCAGACACCUCUGAGAGCCACUGUGUGGUCAGGCUGCUGUACAGACAACACCUGUUCUACCUAGUCCUGCCCAGGAUAGUCCACAGUCAGGCAAAGCUACAACAUCUCAAAGCCCUUGCCUACCUACUCCAAGUGGUGCCUCACACCGUCUACAUGACUCAUAUCAAGGAGAUUCUGCCUCUGCUGGUGAAGAGUCUGGACUUGGACAGCGAGAGUCUGCUACUGACUGUACUGACCACACUGUCUCACCUCCUGUCAGCCAGUGACUGCUUUUUGCAGAAUCACGUUGACACGUUCAUUCCACGAUUCAUACAUCUUGCCCGUAGCAGUUUGUUCAUGCACGUGAGAAUUGCUUCCUUGAAGUGCCUUGGUAGUUGUCUCAAGUUUCCUCCUAUGUUAUUGCUUCCCCACAAACAGAAGGUUAUAGCUGACCUCAUGAACUGUCUAGAUGACAAGAAACGCCUUGUCAGGAAAGAGGCCGCUCGUACACGAUCCAAGUGGUAUUUACUUGGAGCUCCUGUUCCUGACUAAUAUUUUUACUUUUUAGUAGUAUUAUAUCAUUCUAUCAUAUAUUUUAAUGUAAAAUAAAAACGUUUGAAAUUGGAG